AUGUUGAGAACAAUGAAACAAUUGUUUCCUGAUAUCGUUACUAUAUGGCUAGACGCUCAUAUUGGUGAUCCUCACUAUCAUGCUCAUCUUAAGGCAGCAUUCGCUAGUAAUAUUGAUCCAACGAAUCCAAAACCUGUAGAAUUGUCUAAACAGGACCGUAAUUAUACUGCAUGGAAUGAGUUAGACUCUAGAAUCCCGCAUCAAAUCGGAAUUCCCUGUGAACUAAAAACGUUUGUUGAUAUUAAUCAAUGUCUACAAUGCAUUCGCGAUAGUAUGACUAGAGAUAAACGAAUAUUUUUGAUUGUAUCGGAUUCAAUGGGACAAUAUAUUGUACCGCGUAUCAUUGAAGAAUAUCCGCAAGCAUUUCAUAACGAAAAUGGUGAAGCCAGUAUUUCGAUUUAUAUUUUCAAUUUUUAUUUGAUAAGUUCUAUGGAGUGGCUAUUUGAUUGCAUGGAUUAUGCACUUGCAUUUAGUCAUGAAACGGAUCUCUUGUGGCGACUAGUACAUGAUAUAGCGAGGUACUAUGCUGAAAAUGGAAAAAAAUUGCUUGAUCGAAAUAUUUUACCUGAUACUCAUCAAGCUUUGAUUUACUUCAAUUGGGCAAGUGUUCUGUGUCACCAUGCACAGCGUAUUACUAGAUAUCAGGAUUUUAAAUUUCUGGAGGAUCUUAAGGAAUGGAGAUAUCAAUGUGAAGAAAAAAAUCAGAGCUGA